ACACCACCGCAGCAGCUCCCAUAGACUUCAUCCGAUCUUCCUGCAAUGUAACCCGCUACCCCGACCUCUGCGAGAAGUGCCUAAUCGGCUACACCCCAGCGAUCCGGCACCGCAGCCCCCGCCAACUCGCUCACGCGGCCCUGAAAGUUUCCGCCGAUCGCGCCUUCGCAGCCUCGAACUUCGUUCACAAAAUGUCGGUGGGCUCAAAAUCCUCCUCAACAGCUCGAAGAACCCGCGACGGCGGUGCCGUUCGCGAUUGCGUCGAGACCAUCGACGACUCCGUUGAUCGGCUGCGGAGAUCGGUUAAAGAGAUGGAGCGAAUGGGGCGACACGGAAGCAUAUCUUUCGGUUGGCAUCUGAGUAACGUUCAGACGUGGGUGAGCGCCGCGCUUACAGACCAGAGCACAUGUCUCGAUAGCCUCUCGCAGGACAAAUCGGCGGCAAAUGUGCGGCCGGAGAUCCGUCGCCAUGUUGUGCACGUCUCCCGGCUUACCAGUAAUGCGCUCGCGCUCAUCAACCGCCUUGAUCCCAAUAACUGAUUCCUUCAUCUGCUGCAACUCUGGUUCGUUACACUAUUAUGUUAUUUUGUGUCUUCUUUUUAGAAAAAAAUAUGAUAUAUGCGGAUUGAUUUGAUAGUAUUUGAUGGUAUUAUAAUAUAUUAUUAUAACAUCAAAUAUCAUUAAAUAUCAUAGGUAAUAUUCGCUCUUGUUCUAAUGUUUUUGAUAAAUGCUUGUGACUUAAUCCUCGUGUGAGGUAGUUAUGGUUGAUGUAUUGGUUGUAAUAUAAUGUCAUGUUAGUUGUAUAUUGUUAUAUGGUAGCUAUUGUUAAAGUUGGGGUUUUGAUGAU